UGUAAAGGACAUGUUCACCAAGAAAAGAUGAAGGUUCUUUUGCUCUUGGGAUUGGUGGCUGUCGCUCUCUGUGAGCAAACCAGAUUUGUGGGAGAGAAAGUCUUCCGUUUGAAACCUGAAACUAAUGAACAUGUGUCAAUCAUCAAGGAACUGGGCCGCAAUGUUAAGGUGGAUUUCUGGAAACCAGACAGUGCUGAAAUUGUGACCGUUGGCAUGAAUGUUGACAUUCAGGUUCCUGCACCCCAACUUUCCAUGGUCUCCACCAUUUUACACCAGAGUGGCAUGGAGGUUGAGGUCCUGAUUGAAGAUCUUCAGGUGGCUGUGGAUGCUCAGACGGACAACAAGAGGGUCACAAAGGCUCAUGACUACAUGAAAUACAACAGCUGGGACACAGUCAAUGACUGGGCCAUUUCCAUCAGUGCUGCCAAUCCUGAACUGAUCACCAGGGAGGUGAUUGGAAACACUUUUGAAGGACGUCCCAUGAACCUUCUGAGGGUUGGUAAAAAGACAGGCUCUGCUAAGCCAGCUGUGUUCAUGGACUGUGGCUUUCAUGCUAGAGAGUGGAUCAGUCCUGCUUUCUGCCAGUGGUUUGUACAGGAGGCUUUGUCUACCUAUGGCAGUGAUGCUGAGAUGACCAACCUUCUUGAUAAGAUGGACUUUUUCGUUCUUCCCAUCUUCAACAUUGAUGGCUAUGCAUACACCUGGAGCAAUAACAGGAUGUGGAGAAAAACCCGUUCCCUAUAUAGUGGCAGCAAUUGUGUGGGCACUGACCCCAACAGAAACUUUGAUGCUGGAUGGUGCACCACCGGAGCUUCCAGCAACCCUUGCAGUGACACCUACUGCGGAAGCCGUCCAGAGUCUGAGAUUGAGUCCAAGAAUCUGGCCAACUUCAUUCGCAGCAACAAGUCCAUCAUUAAGGCCUACCUGACCGUCCAUUCAUAUUCUCAACUGCUCCUUUUCCCCUAUUCCUACAAAUAUGAACUGGCUGCUCACCACUCAGAACUGCUCAGUGUGGCUAAGGGAGCUGUUGCAGCCCUGACUAGCCUGUAUGGCACCAAAUACGAAUAUGGACCUGGCGCUGUCACCAUUUACCCUGCUGCUGGUGGAUCUGAUGACUGGGCCUAUGACCAGGGCAUCAAGUAUUCAUACACCUUUGAGCUGCGUGACACCGGGCGUUACGGUUUCCUGCUCCCUGAAUCUCAGAUCAAGCCCACUUGUGAGGAGACCACGCUGGCUGUCAAAUACAUUGCUAGCUAUGUGCUAAAAAACCUGUAGUGAGAGAAGUGUCUGACAGAAAGCUCUAUAAAUAAAUGAGGGCUUGUUCUUAGAAAAUGCAA